AUGCCGCCGCUGCUGCUGCUGCCUCUGAGCGGGGCGGCGGCGGGGCCCCGGGCUCUCCUGCUCCCUCCACCGCCGCCGCCGGGGAGGCCCGGGCUUUCUUCCGCGGGGGCGGGGAGGCUCCGCCGGUGUCCGAGUCGGAGGAGGAGGAAGCGGAGGCCAGAGUUUCCUCGCCGAGAGCGGCCGUGGUGGGAAGCCGGGGGGGCGAGGAGGGGGAGGCGGCGGGGGCGAGGGGAGGCGGAGCGGGGCCCUGCGCCCGCCGGGGGUCCCGGAGGCAGCGCCGCCGCCCGCUCGGGGCUCCCUCUGGCGAUGGCGGCCGCCGCUGCCCUGAGCCCCCGCCCGGCAGCCCCAGGCGCCCGGCCCGCUCCGCUCACUGCCCGCCGGGUUUGUCUCCUCUCAGCCCAGCUGCACCUAAUGGAGUCCGGGCCGGGACGUCACAGGAAAUUCCUGCACUGCCCCCUACACACACUUCCGCCGCCCGGGGCCGCGGUGGGCACGGCCCCACGGCUGCCGGGGGGCGGCGGCGGGGCGGCCCCCGGGGGGGACGGGGACGCCCCAACGGCACGGCACGGCUCGCCG